AUGAGCUUCUUUAGGCAAGUCGGACUUUUACUCUGGAAGAACUGGAUCCUCCGGAAAAGACAAAAGCUUCGUUUUCUGGUGGAGCUUGUAUGGCCUCUGUCAUUGUUUCUUGCCCUUGUAUGGCUGAGGAAAGCUAAUCCACUGUAUCGUCAGAAUGAAUGUCACUUCCCAAACAAGGCAAUGCCAUCUGCAGGAACGCUGCCAUGGUUACACGGCAUCUUCUGUAACAUGAACAACCCCUGUUUCCACAGCCCAACCCAUGGAGAGGGUCCGGGUGUUGUGUCCAACUACAACAAUUCCAUCCUUGCAAGGGUAUAUAAAGAUGCUCAGGAGCUCUUACUGGAAGCCCCCGAAAUCCGUGACCUUGGCAGAAUCUGGGAAGAACUGAUCAUUAUGACUCAGUUUAUGGAAACAAUGAGAACUAAUCCUGAAAGAAUUGCAGGAAGAGGAAUACGAAUUCUAGACAUUUUGAAAGAUGGGGAGACCCUCACUUCCUUCUUGCUGGAAGAUGUUGGCCUCCCAGAUAUUGUUGUUUUCCAGCUCAUUAAUGCUCAAGUGCGCCCUGAACAGUUUGCCUAUGGUGUCCCUAGCUUGACUCUGAAGGACAUUGCUUGCAGUCAGAUGCUCCUGGACCGCUUUAUUAUCUUCAGCAGUCGAAGAGGUCUCCCUUCUGUGCACAAGGCCAUGUGUGCCUUGUCCCAGGAAAGCCUGCAGAGAGUAGAAGAUGCCUUGUAUGCAAAUGUUGAUUUCUUUAAGCUAUUUCAGCUGCUUCCCACUGUGUUGGACAGAAACUCACCAGGAGUUGACCUGAGGGCCUGGGGGAGGGUGCUGUCUAAUGUCUCCCAAGCAGUGCAAAAGCUAUCCAGGAAGCCAAGCGUUCAGGACCUUUUGGUGGUUCUGCAGCCGUUUCUACAAGAAGGAAGGCCAGAAUCCUUAGGCCACUUGAUGAGCUCCUUGUCUGAUCUUUUCUGUGGCUACCCAGAAGGAGGUGGAUCCAGAGUGCUUUCCUUCAACUGGUAUGAAGAUAAUAACUACAAAGCUUUCCUGGGGAUUGACUCAACAAGGAAGAAAUCCAGUUAUCUUUAUGAUAAUACAACCACACCCUUUUGUAAUGCAUUGAUCCAGAACUUGGAAUCAAACCCUUUAACCAAAAUAGCCUGGAGUGCUGUGAAGCCCCUGCUGAUGGGAAAAAUUCUCUUUGCUCCUGAUUCACCUCCCGUACGGCAAAUCCUAAAAAAUGCAAACUCCACUUUUGAGGAACUUAAACGCCUCAGACUGUUGACCAAAGCUUGGGAAGAAGUAGGACCUCAGCUGUGGUACUUCUUUCAAAACAGCCUGCAAAUGAAUAUGAUCCGUGACUCUCUGAAGCACCCUACAGUGAGGGACUUCUUGAACAGCCAGCUGGGUUCUGAAGGCUUAACUGCUGAACACAUAAUCAAUUUUCUCCACAACGGGUCUCCGGGGAGCCGGCAGAAGGGAAUGGCAGACUUUGACUGGCGGAACAUCUUCGGUGCUGCAGACCAAGCUCUGCGUUUGCUCAGUCAGUAUCUGGAGUGCUUGACCUUGGAUAAAUUUGAAGGUUAUCUUGAUGAAACUCAACUGACUCAUCAAGCCCUUCAUCUGCUGGAGGAAAACAAAUUCUGGGCUGGUGUGGUUUUUCCAGACAUAGAGCCUACAACCAGCAGUCUUCCAUCACAUGUGAAAUACAAGAUCCGGAUGGACAUAGAUGCAGUGGAGAAAACAAACAAAAUCAAAGACAGGUACUGGGAUCCUGGUCCAAGAGCUGAUCCUGUGGAUGAUUUACGUUAUAUCUGGGGAGGCUUUGCAUAUCUCCAAGACAUGAUUGAGCAUGGGAUUAUAAAGACCCAGACCAACACUCAAGUGCCGUUAGGAAUUUAUCUGCAGCAAAUGCCAUAUCCAUGUUUUGUGGAUGAUGUCUUCAUGAUCACCUUAAACCGCGCCUUUCCGAUCUUCAUGGUGCUAGCUUGGGUAUAUUCAGUUUCCAUGACCGUGAAGAGUAUAGUGCUGGAGAAGGAAAUGCGUCUGAAAGAGGCUAUGAAGAACAGGGGUAUAACUAAUGGGGUGAUUUGGUGCACUUGGUUCCUAGACAGCUUCAUCAUGAUGACUAUGAGCACGUUCCUCCUCACAGCACUGAUUAUGCAUGGACAAGUACUACAUUAUAGCAAUCCACUUCUCUUCUUUCUAUUCCUACUGACGUUCACCACAGCCACCAUAAUGCAGUGUUUCUUGUUCAGCACCUUCUUCUCCAAAGCAAAUCUGGCAGCUGCCUGCAGUGGAGUCAUCUAUUUCACCUUGUAUCUGCCUCACAUUGUCUGCUUUGUCUGGCAAGACCGCAUGACUGUUAAUCUGAAGAUCCUAGCAAGUUUGCUUUCUCAAGUAGCUUUUGGUUUCGGUACAGAAUACUUGUCACGCUAUGAAGAGCAAGGUCUUGGCCUACAGUGGGGUAACGUCAGAACCAGCCCCUUGGAAGGAGAUGAAUAUAGUUUUCUUUUUUCCAUUAAAAUGAUGCUUUUUGAUGCUUUUCUGUAUGGAAUACUUUCUUGGUAUCUUGACAACAUUUUUCCAGGGGACUAUGGGCUACCACAGCCUUGGUAUUUCCCUGUGCAGGAAUCUUACUGGCUUGGCUCUAGAAACCCAAAAGCCAAGGAAACAGCAACUGCUGAUGUAAAUACCUUCUUUGAGCCUGAGCCAACAGGAUUGAUUCCAGGAGUAUGCAUUCAGAACCUGGUGAAGAUUUUUGCAAACAGGCCCAAGCCAGCAGUAGAUGGAAUGAAUGUUACUUUUUAUGAGGGCCAGAUCACAGCUUUCCUUGGUCACAAUGGAGCAGGAAAGACAACCACCAUGUCAAUACUGACAGGCCUUUUCCCACCCACCUCUGGAACUGUGCUGAUCGGCGGCCUGGAUAUUCAGACUCACAUGGACUCCAUUCGGCACCGGUUAGGCAUGUGCCCACAGUACAACAUCUUGUUCAAUCACCUUACUGUAGCGGAACACAUCUUGUUUUAUUCUCAACUGAAAGGGAGAUCCAGGGAUGAAGCUGAGCAAGAGUUGGAAACAAUGCUGGAAGACAUGGGCCUCACCCAUAAAAGGAAUGAAGAGGCUCAGAAUUUGUCAGGUGGAAUGCAAAGGAAACUGUCUGUUGCCAUUGCUUUUGUGGGUGAAGCAAAAGUGGUAGUCUUGGAUGAGCCCACUUCUGGAGUUGAUCCAUAUUCCAGGCGAUCUAUCUGGGAUCUUCUGCUGAAGUAUCGCUCAGGCAGAACCAUCAUCCUCUCAACCCAUCACAUGGAUGAGGCAGACAUCCUUGGAGACAGAGUAGCCAUCAUAUCCCAAGGGAAACUAUUCUGCUCAGGUUCUCCUGUAUUCCUAAAGAACUGCUUUGGAUCUGGAUUCUAUCUCACUCUUGUUCGCAAGAUGAAAACCAACAGAAUUGGAAGGGCUACAUCGCUUUGUAGCUGUGGAUCUCAGUGCUCCUGCUCCUGCUCCAGCUGUACGCGCAGGGACAAAGAAGGAGCUCCAGAGCAGGAACUGGAUGGAGAUCUGAAUGAGCUAGCAGAAGUAAUUCAUCAUCAUAUCCCAGAAGCAAAGUUAAUCGAAAGCAUUGGUCAGGAACUCAUUUACCUUUUGCCCAAUAAACACUUUAAACAGCGAUCUUAUGCCAGUCUCUUCAGAGAACUGGAGGAAACAUUGGAUGACCUAGGACUCAGCAGUUUUGGAAUUUCAGACACACCACUUGAAGAGGUUUUCCUAAAGGUCACAGCAGAAGCUGACCCUGGAAUCCAAAAAGCAGGAGGCACUCAAGAAAAUGGUUCUACUCUUGGCAAAACUUCUCCUGAGAACAAACCAGCUGAACAAACUGCUCUGAAAAGUAAUGACCCUUCUCGAAUGCCAGUAGGCGUAGCAGGAGAUCAAAAUGAAGGCAAAGGGUCCCGACAAUAUAAAGGUUUUCAGCUUGUACAUCAGCAGAUCAAAGCGCUGCUCAUCAAACGGUUCCACCAUGCCUCCCGCAGCCACAAGGACUUCCUAGCCCAGAUUGUUCUCCCUGCAAGUUUUGUGUUGCUGUCUUUAAUACUUACAGUUAUUAUUCCUCCGUUUGGAGAAUAUCCUGCCUUAACCUUACACCCUUGGAUCUAUGGACAACAGUUUACUUUCUUCAGCAAUGAGCGUCCUGGCAGUGAGCAGAUGGUCUCCCUCACUGAUGCUUUCUUGAAUAAACCAGGAUUUGGAAAUCGCUGCAUGAAGAAUCAGCCUCUUCCGAGCUACCCAUGCAAUAGUAUGCCAACCGCUUGGAACACACCAGCUGUUCAUCCUAACCUAAGCAGCCUCCUGCUGAGCCAAAAGUGGAGCCCUGAGAAUCCUUCACCUCCCUGCAAGUGCAGCACUCACAAGAAACUCACUAUGCUGCCAGAAUGCCCUGCAGGUGCAGGAGGCCUCCCGCCACCACAGAGAGUGCAGCACAGCACAGAAAUUCUUCAAGAUCUGACCCACAGAAAUAUUUCAGAUUUUCUGGUGAAAACAUACCCUACUUUGAUAAAAGGGAG